AUGUCUCAAGAACAAAGUAAACUAUCAUCCAAAGAGCUAAAGGAAUUGAAAAAGAAAGAAAAAGCAGCUAGAAGACAGGCUCAAAAAGAAGCAAGUGGUAUAACACCAGAACAACAACAAAAAAAUUUGGAACAAAAACUUCAAGAAACGAAGAAAACUAGUCAAACUCCUACAAAUCUUAAAAAACAAUUAAAUCAAACAUUAAUUAAAAACGAAAAGAAGGUUCCUCAUUUAUUUGGACAUUUAGAAACUAGAGAACAAAGAAAUGCUUCGUCUCCAACAAUAUCAAACUUGGUACAUCCAUCAAUCUUAACUUUAACUUUAAAAUAUUCAAAUUAUAAAAUAGUUGGAUCAAAUUCAAGGUUGAAAAACAUGUUACUUGCAUUUAAACAAGUUAUUGAAGAUUAUAAAACACCGGAAAGUACUACAUUAUCAAGACAUUUAACUAAUCAUUUAUCACAUCAAAUUGAAUAUUUAAAGACUGGUAGACCAUUGAGUGUUUCAAUGGGUAAUGCAAUUCGAUGGUUAAAACAAGAAAUUUCACAUAUUUCAAUUGAUAUAAAUGAAUUAAAAGCAAAGGAAAUACUAUGCUCAAAAAUUGAUGAUUUCGUAAAGGAAAAAAUUGAAUUAAGUGAUAGAUUAAUUGUUGAAAAUGCUUCAAAACACAUAAGUAACGGUUCAACAAUUUUAACAUAUGGUCACUCACAGGUUUUAGAAGAAUUAUUUAAAUACUGUGUAUUGGAACAAGAUAAAACUUUUAACUUGAUUAUUGUUGAUUCAAGACCAUUAUUUGAAGGUAAAAAAUUGUUUAGAAAUUUAGUCGAUUCAGAUGUUACAAAUUCAAUUAGAAUACAAUAUGCAUUAUUAAAUUCAUUAAAUUCUACAUUAUUAGAAGAUGUUGAUGUUGUAUUCUUGGGUGCCCAUGCAAUGUUAUCAAAUGGUAGAUUAUAUUCUAGAGUGGGUACUGCUUUAAUUGCAAUGAUGUCACAUACAAGAAAUAUACCAGUUUUAACAUGUUGUGAAUCAAUUAAAUUUUCCGAUAAAGUUCAAUUAGAUUCUGUAACAACUAAUGAAUUAGCAGACUCUGAAGAUUUAAUUAAUAAUUUCAAUAUACCACCACAAAAGAAAUCAUUCGCAUUGGAACAAUUUAUAAAACAAGAAAAGGGUGAAGAGUCGAUUAAUGAUUCACCAUUGGCAAAUUGGAAAGAUUUACCAAAUUUAAACAUAUUAAAUAUAUUAUAUGAUUUAACACCACCUGAAUAUAUUAAAAAAGUAGUUACUGAAUUAGGAUCAUUACCACCAUCAUCAGUUCCUGUUAUAUUAAGGGAAUAUAAGAACACGUAA